UCUUUCUCUCUCUCUCUUCCUAGCUCCCUCUCUUUCUCUCCUCCCUCUGCCUUCCCCGUGCAUAAAGUCUCCGUCGCUCUUGGAACUUGUUGGCAAUGCCUAUUUUUCAGCUUUCCCCCGCGUUCUCUAAACUAACUAUUUAAAGGUCUGCGGUCGCAAAUGGUUUGACUAAACGUAGGAUGGGACUUAAGUUGAACGGCAGAUAUAUUUCACUGAUCCUCGCGGUGCAAAUAGCGUACCUGGUGCAGGCCGUGAGAGCAGCGGGCAAGUGCGAUGCGGUCUUUAAGGGCUUUUCGGACUGUUUGCUCAAGCUGGGCGACAGCAUGGCCAACUACCCGCAGGGCCUGGACGACAAGACGAACAUCAAGACUGUGUGCACGUACUGGGAGGAUUUCCACAGCUGCACGGUCACAGCCCUUACGGAUUGCCAAGAAGGGGCGAAAGAUAUGUGGGAUAAACUGAGAAAAGAAUCCAAAAACCUCAACAUCCAAGGCAGCUUAUUCGAACUCUGCGGCAGCGGCAACGGGGCGGCGGGGUCCCCACUCCCGGCGCUGCCCGUGCUCCUGGUCUCUCUCUCGGCAGCUUUAGCGACUUGGCUUUCCUUCUGAGCGCGGGCCGCCUCCCCCCGCGCGCCCACCCACACUCACUCCAUGCUCCCGGACAUCGAGAGGAAGAUCCAUUCGUUCUUUGGGGACUUUGUGAUUCUCUGUGAUGCUGAAAACACUCAUAUAGGAUUGUGGGAAAUCCCGAUUCUCCUUUUGAUUUCGUUCGAUUUCUUGUGUUUUAUUUGCCAAAUGUUACCAAUCAGUGAGCAAGCAAGCACAGCCAAAAUCGGACCUCAGCUUUAGUCCGUCUUCACCCAAAAAAAUAAGGAAAACGGCCAACCCACCCCAUUUUUUUUUAAUUUUUAUUUUUUGGCACAAGAAUCUCAGGAACGGCCCUGGGCCACCUACUAUAUUAAUCAUGUUAAUACAUGACAAAUGAUGGGCUCCUCCUACUAGGAAAGAGAGGAGAGGAGAAGGCCAGGGGAAUGAAUUCAAGAGAGAUGUCCACGAGGAAGGCAUAUGGUGAAUAACUCACGCUCACGUCUUUCUUCCACAGUAUCUUGUUUUGAUCAUUUCCACUGCACAUUUCUCCUCGAGGAAAGUGAAAGGACAGAUCGUUGACUUCGUGUUUUAAGGAUAGGAGGGAGAGAGGGAAAGGAUUGAGGAAAUCUCGGGUGUAUAGGUAACGGCUGCCAGAAGAAUCGUUGCUAAAGUCACUGAGAGGUUAAGCUUUACCUGCUGUUGUCGAUGCAUCUUUCCAAGUCCACUGCCUUUAUUUUCCCUCUUGUUUUAGCUGUUACACAUACAGUAAUACCUGAAUAUCCAACGGUAUAGAUCACAAGGGGGGGGGAUGUUAAAUGUUAAUCUAAAAUAUAGUUAAAAAAGAUUUU